GAAGCGUCACGAGAUGUCACUGAUGUUGCACUUGUUGCUGUUGCUGCUGCUGUUUGCUGAGGUGCCAGCAUUUGGACGCAAGGUGAAGCGCAAGGAUGCACAUUACCAUUUAAACGUGCCACCACCGCCGCCGCCACAGCACCAACAUGCCUCAUCUGCACCACAAUCGGUGGUUAUUGAGCAUGAUGUGCCGCCCUACACUUUUGAAGAUAUCAAUCACGAUGAGUUUGCAGCGCCCAUUAAUCCUCCAUUGGAUGGCCAAUACUCGCGGUAUGAGAGCUCCGAUUACAUUCAUCACAGCACUCACAGCAACAGUGGCAGCAGCGGAGGCUACCUGGUGGACAACGGAUUACGCAGCAUUGCCAAGGGAUCCGCAGAUCAGGCCAUCUCUGCCGUAGCUAGCCAGAAUGCGGCCGGCAAGCAGGCUUCCUAUGUGGCCAAAAGCACCUUGGCUCAAGCUGCAGCCCAAGCAGCGGGCACAGCUGUUGCCGUGCUCAAGGGAAAGGAGGUGCUGCUCCAUCGACUGGAGGAGCAGAGUGUGGAGGCACACAGGUCGGUGGACAGUGAACUCACCCAGCUGCAACAGGCCAAAAGAUCCGCCAAGGCGGCUCAGUAUGCUGCCCAGCAGGCCAUCAAUCAUGUGAGUGUUCUCACAGCCGCUCUCAACAAUGCUCAAUCCAACUCGGAGUUGGCCCAGAAGGCAGCCGCUGAAGCUGCCGCUGAGCUGUCAUCCCAAAUCGAUAUGGUGGCCCAGGCGAAGGGCAAACUGGAGCAAAUUGAGUCCCAGGCAUAUGCUGCUCGCUUGGACUAUGAGGAAACACGCGAGGCGGCCGAGAAGGCAACGCUCUCUGCCCAGGAGGCGCAACUAAAUGCCAAUGAUGCGGCAUUGCACGCUAAUGUCGAGCUCAGUGAAGCGGUUCACAUCCACGACAAAAGCGACCGCAAUGCUAACGAUCCGGCGCCGCCUCCUCGCAACAAUAAACGAGCAUAGGCCAGGCCAAGACCCAUUAUGAACCUGAAACCCAUCGCCAGAUCCAGUCCCAGUACCCAGUUUACCUAACGGAGUCUUGGUCAUGGUCAGCGGUCAGCUUGUAACUCUUUAAGUACAAUUCAAUUAUUUAUUACCAUUGUCUUUUCGUUCAACAUAUGUUUAUAAUAAAU